AUGGCCAUGGAGCUUCAACUAGAUUCCAUGGCCGCUUCAAUUGGUGUAUCCGUCGCCGUUCUCCGUUUCCUCCUCUGCUUCGUCGCCACCAUUCCCUUUAGCUUCCUCUGGCGCUUCGUUCCCGGUCGUUUACCCAAACACUUCUACUCCGCCGCCGUUGGUGUUUUUCUCUCUUAUCUCUCUUUUGGAUUCUCGUCCAAUCUCCAUUUUCUUGUCCCUAUGUUCCUCGGUUACGUUUCCAUGCUUGUUUAUCGUCCUCGAUGUGGAAUCCUCACUUUCUUUUUCGGAUUCGGUUACCUCAUUGCCUGCCAUGUGUAUUACAUGAGUGGUGAUGCAUGGAAGGAAGGUGGCAUCGAUGCCACUGGGGCUUUAAUGGUUUUGACACUGAAGGUUAUCUCGUGUUCCAUUAAUUACAAUGAUGGAAUGUUGAAAGAAGAAGGUUUGCGCGAUGCUCAGAAGAAAAACCGUUUGAUCGAAUUGCCGUCUAUUGUUGAGUAUAUUGGUUUCUGUCUCUGUUGUGGAAGUCACUUUGCUGGGCCUGUUUUUGAAAUGAAGGAUUAUCUUGAUUGGACCGAAGGAAAAGGGAUUUGGAAUUUUGGAGCAAAAGGACCAAAAGCACCAUCACCCUAUGGGGCGACACUUCGAGCUCUACUUCAAGCUGGUUUUUGCAUGGGAUUGUACCUAAACCUUGUGCCUUAUUUUCCUCUGUCCAAGUUUACCGAUCCUUCAUAUCAUCAAUGGGGUUUCUGGAAAAAGUUGGGUUACCAGUAUAUGUCUGGCCAAACAGCACGCUGGAAAUAUUAUUUCAUUUGGUCGAUUUCAGAAGCUUCUAUUAUCAUUUCCGGCCUUGGUUUCAGUGGCUGGACUGAUUCCUCUCCACCAAAGCCGCGCUGGGACCGAGCUAAAAAUGUUGAUAUUUUAGGUGUUGAGCUUGCAAAGAGUGCAGUUGUAAUUCCAGCUGUGUGGAAUAUUCAAGUCAGCACCUGGCUUCGCCAUUACGUUUAUGAAAGGCUUAUCCAGAGUGGGAAGAAGCCAGGUUUUCUUCAAUUACUUGCCACACAGACCGUUAGUGCUAUUUGGCAUGGUCUGUAUCCUGGAUACAUUAUAUUCUUUGUUCAAUCAGCAUUGAUGAUUGCCGGUUCCAGAGUCAUUUAUAGAUGGCAGCAAGCCGUGCCUCCAACAAUUAAGAAUGUCUUGGUGUUCAGUAAUUUUGCUUUCACGAUUUUGGUUCUAAGUUAUUCAUGCGUUGGUUUCAUGGUAUUAAGUCUGCAUGAAACUCUUGCCUCAUACGGAAGUGUGUAUUUUAUUGGAACCAUUCUUCCUGUUGUUAUCAUCCUUGUCGGUAAAGUAAUCAAACCUGGAAAGCCUGCCAGAUCGAAACCUCGAAAAGAAGAGUGA